AUGGGGAAGGGGGUGCCCCAGGCCGGCCAGCAGACUCGAAACGACAACCAGACUCCGGCGGGGUCGGAUGGGUUUCAGCACAGGGCACGCCUGACGCACAGACGCGCCCCACAGGCGCCCAGGGGGCUCCCGCCCCCAGGACCCCACCACCCCAACCCCAACCGCCACCGACCCGCCACCGCCAACCACCCAGCCGAGCGCGGCACAGAGGGGGGCGCGACGCCGCAAAAGCCCUCCCCACCACACGGCGCCGCCCCCGCACGGGUGGCCGGAGCCACCGUGACGAGACCGACGCCGGCGGAGGGCGGGGACCAGGGGUUCGAGACGGGCACGCCGGAGCCAACCCACGGAGGCACGCACGGCACGCCGCCGGCACCGCCAACACCUCAGCAAGCCAGGCCCGCGAGCCACGGGCCCCACAGGCACGGCAACAACCGCCGCCCGCUCCCUCCGACGCGCGACACGCGCCGCCCGCCCUUCCGCUCCCCGGCAGGCACAGAUAGUCAAGUUCGACCGUCUUCUCAGCGCUCCGCCAGGGCCGUGGGCCGACCCCGGCGGGGCCGAUCCGAGGGCCUCACUAAACCAUCCAAUCGGCACAGCAACUACCAUCGAAAGUUGAUAGGGCAGACGUUCGAAUGGGUCGUCGCCACCACGGAGGGCCGGAGCGUGCCGGGGCGUCCCGCCGACCUCGGGAGCGCGACCGACGGCGGCGUCCUGACCGGCCGACUGACCCACAGCCUGCCGGCGGUGCCGGCCUUCCGCCUCGCGAGAGGCGGCGGCAAGCAGGAGCUCGCAGAAACUCGACCAGCCCCGCGGGCAGGCAGACACCGGCGAGCGGAGGUGACGGUGGCGGCGGGGGAUGAUGGGGAGGAGAGGCGCAGGAGGGACGACCGGAGGGGGCGGCGAGAGCCCCCCACCGGCCUGACCCCCUCCCCCCGACAACCCCCUCGCCUCACCAGCCUACCUCCCCCCCCCCCGGGCGGACAGAGGAGCGGGAGCUCCCGACACGGCGAGGUCACCACACCACGCGAGAGCCAACCUGAGAAGCCAGCGGGGGAGACCGGCGCCCGCACGCGCCGCCCAUACAACUUCGCGACGCAAGACGGGGAUGAGGAACCGGCCGACCGCGGCCUCAGGAAGAGCCCACGGCGACCCGACCUCACCGACAUCAACCCCCGCGCACACGCGCCACUCCGACAAGCCGACCCGCCCGCAGCCACACCACCGGCCACCGCCGCCUGA